CAAGGAUGUGAAUUAUUAACGCUGAACACCGGGAAGACGAGCCCCAUUCAUCCACCAAACUUCCAUUUCAGAGUUUGAAUGAUAUGUCUCACGCCUGAUUAGAAAAAUGUGUUUAAACCGCAAACAAAACAGAAAAUAUUAAACACGGACGACACACCCCCCUCCCUCCAACCAAAGGUCAAAGUUCACAGGAAGCUGGGGGGCUGCCAUUUUUCCACUGCUAACAUGUUAGAUGCUAAACUGGCGAGGAGUGGUGGUCGUUGCUGAGUGCUUCUCUUUAUUGUCAUCCGUUUGCGUUCGUCUACCUCUUAUUUCGUAUGCAUUUUUAGGCUCGGUUGUUGAAUGACGGCGGCAUGGAGAGGACAGAACAGCCGUGGAAUUCCUCUUACACGUACCAGGUAAGCAAACACAGCGCCGAGAUGCUACACAACCUCAACGGCCAGAGAAAAGAUGGAGGCAGAUUUUGCGAUGUUAUCUUGCGCGUCGGAGAGGAGAGCUUCCCUGCCCAUAAGGCGGUGUUGGCGGCAUGUAGUGAGUAUUUUGAGGCGGUCUUCAGUCGUCAGACUGACGGCGAAAGCAAAGAGCUGGAGAUGCAUACGAUCAGCCCCAAAGUUUUUCGCGACAUCCUGGACUUCGCGUACACCUCCAAGAUCGUGGUGCGCCUGGAGUGUUUCCCGGAGCUCAUGACGGCGGCGAAGUUUCUCUUGAUGCGAUCGGUUAUCGAGAUCUGUCAGGAGGUCAUCAAACAAUCUAACGUGCAGAUACUCGUGCCUCCCGCACGGGGAGGAGAGCACGGCCUGUUUAGGAGUGCCGGGGCCACGGAGCAGCUGUCAUACCUCCUGCCCGUUGACAUGUCGAACGGGAGCGUGUCCAACGGCGCGUUGUUUACCAACAACACAGACAGUGACAGCGCUGAUCCGAGUCAGCAACCGGCUGAUCGGUUACCGGGUUCUCCGAUAGAGUUUCACCUGAGCACCGAUGAAUCUCCGAACUCUAAACGAGGCAGAGGAAGACCUAAAAAAGAGCCCACUGUGGAGCCUAUCUCUUACAACAGUGCUGCUCAAAAUGAGGACGAAGGCCUUUUCUCGUGCGGGGUCUGUGGCAAAAUAUUCCCCGAUGGCAUUCAGUUAAGAAAUCACGAGACGCAACAUGGGAUCGUGAGCACCGGAGCGGAAUUGGUCGCCGUGGACGGGCCGACGAUGAUCUCUCAAUCCCAGCCGAGGUUCCAGGGAAACGGUCUGCAAACGGAAAACCGUAAGCGCGAGAGAACGAGGCGGCACGUCUCGUGUGAUCUGUGCGGGAAAGUUUUCCGAGACGUCUACCACCUGAACCGACACAAGCUGUCACAUUCGGGCGAGAAGCCAUAUGCGUGUCCGGUGUGCGGGCUGCGGUUCAAACGCAAGGAUCGAAUGUCAUACCAUGUACGGUCUCACGACGGCUCCGUGGGUAAACCGUAUGUCUGUCAAAGCUGCGGGAAAGGUUUCUCAAGGCCAGACCAUCUGAAUGGACAUAUUAAACAGGUGCAUACCACAGAGAGACCUCAUAAGUGUCAGAUUUGCAAUGCAUCCUUUGCAACGCGAGAUCGUCUGAGAUCACACCUGGCAUGCCAUGAAGAUAAGAUACCAUGUCAAGUGUGUGGGAAAUUCCUCCGUGCUGCCUACAUGACCGACCACUUGAAAAAACACACUGAAGGACCUCAUAAUUAUUGUGGAAUAUGCAACAAAGGUUUUUCUACAGCAUCAUACUUAAAGGUGCAUGUAAAAACGCACCACAGCUCGUCCAUGCUCCCUUCCUCUACAGCACAUCAGUUCCCUGAACCACGCUCCAACAGACCACAGAUGCACAACGGCACCCCCUACCACUCAGGACACCAGUGCGCAGUGGAAGAGCUCUGCACCAGUCGCCGGCUCCUGGUUACCUUUCCCGAGACAGAGGGGUCUUUUCGGGGGAUAUCUGGGCCAGUUCUAACUCAGCCUGUCCCUCCUGCCCUGGGCCUGCAGCCUGAGCUGCUCCUGGGCAAGCCAUGUCCAACUCCCUAUUUCUGGGAGUGCCGCUCUUCUGGAGCAACAGGGUUUCCGCUUCAUGGGCCUCUUACAGACGGGCAGGAGAAUGCUGGGAAAUGCCCCCACCAGGAUUCUGAUGGUUCAGACGCAGCUUUCGGUGACCUCUCCAAUGGAAUUGAGCUCAAGCAUGAGCAGAAAGCCGAGGGAGAAGAACUGGAGGUCACCUCUUUCAUCUUCAAUGGGCAGCCUGACGACACAGUGAUGUCACCAAGCGGAUCAAAACAAAACCCAGACCAUGAAAAGAAGUUUAUCUGCGGUGAUUGCGGCCAGACCUUCCGCACAAAGUCUUACCUCAACAAGCACCAUCACCGGGUUCAUAAGAAACGGAGUGCGGCAGGUUCCAGUCUGGGCGACCUUGCCUCACCGUUUUCCCCCCAACAAAAUAUGUCACUUCUUGAAUCCUUUGGCUUUCAGAUUGUCCAGUCAGCUUUUGCCUCCUCACUAGUGGACACUGAGAUGGGCAGCAGUGGAAUGAGUUUAGAGGAUAAAUGACCCCCUGGAGAUAUAGACGUUUCUUACAGUAUAAUUCUGCUGUAAAUGGACGACCAAACAUAUGAUAACUGCGAGUUUAGUCUUUGUCUUAUAAUUAUUGAUGCCAUAUGUAGACUACUUUUUGUUUCCUCACAUAUUUCUUACUAUUAUAAUGUUUGUUAAUGUUUUGACUUCACUAUCAUGGAUGUCAUUCUGAUUCCAUGUUGGUGUGAAGCAGCUGUUUACACUUUUGACAAAUACUUAUUUUAAAGGUUUAUCAUGAAAACCACAUUACUUUUCACAUUGUUAACAUGUUUAUGUCUCUGCUUCCAUAUUUGUGAGGUUGGGGUUUACUUUAAAAUUCAAGCCAAUGCCCCAAACAUUUUCAGAAUGUAUUUCAGAUCAUUUCAAAUUGAUUGCCCAGACUUACACAGUAGGUAUCUGUACAGUUGAAAUGUACAGUGGGGUUGAAAAGUCCACUUGUGAAAAUGGUUUUGCAUUUAUUAAAAAAAUAAAUUAAUCAGUAAUAAAUAUAUUAUCAGUAUAACAAUUUGAGUGACUAGUUCGAUUGAAAAAUUAACAAGAAUUUCAUAAUUAGUUAGUAUUUGGUCUGUCUCCCAUUUGCUUUAAAGAUCGCAUGCACUGACAUGGACUGAUGAUCCAUGUUACCCCAGCAUGAUUUCAGAAGUUUUUGAAGAGCAUCUUGUGCUUCCAUGGAAGCAAGGAAAACGUUUUGUACAAAGGUGUUAACAAAUGUUGCUUAUUUGAUUAGUGACCAACAGGACACCAUCUUAAACAUUUCAUAUUCAAUUUAUGUCAUGAUAUUUCUUCAAUUGAAUGAUUAGAUAAUCACAUGAAUAUGUAGUGUUUUUACAGCAUUUAUUAACCUUUGUUAAUGUAAAUUAAUAAAAAAUACAAGUGUUUGUUGUUAGUUCAUGUUAAUUCAUAGUGCAUUAACUAAUGUUAACAUAUACUGUGCAACAUUUGAUUUUAAAAAUGGAAUGGUAUAUGGUGAAAUAAACAUGAACCAAGAUUAAUUAAUGCUGUUUUAAGUGUUUAAAGUCUUCUUAAGUGUUAGUUCAUGUUAACUACUGUUAACAAAGGGAACGUACUUGUAAAGUGUUACAUUAUUAGGUUAAAAUGAGAUUUUGAAUACCAAAUUGGGACUUUUGAACCCCACUGUAUGUCUGUGCAUUUGCAAUAAAAAAAAAGCAUAACAUUUCCAAGCAUUACAAUUAUAACAGAAUUACAAUGAAAAAAAGCAGACUCAAAGCUACAUCAGGCAUCGAGACUUCAGGUUCUGAAGCUCAAGCAUUUGUAAUCCACAGGUAACCCACAAAACUAGUAAGAAUCUUUCAGUCUUGUGCUCUUGUGUAUGAAUUACUGUGGCAAGAAAUGUAAUGAGUAUAACUCCUUAACAUCUUCAGGCUAAAUAAUGGCUGUUAGAAUAGUACUUUUUGGUGAUUUCUUCUUUUUAUCAUUGAUAGUUCUUAGACCGAUUUGGUUUUUUUGGUCAAAAAAAUGUCAGUUUUUAUGUCCAACAGGGACCAAUUUCAGGUUUCACUGUAAAAUAUAGCAAGAAGCAAAGAAUAUAUUUUAUUAACUUAUUGAUACUGGUUUCCAAGUAACCUUUACAAAAAGGUAUAUAUUGAGUUUUUGUGUAAGGUUGCGAUGUGCUAUUUUCCUCUUAAAUCAUGCAUCCGACAGGAGGACAGUGUGGGAGCCUCAGUGUGUGUAAAUGAGCAUAAUGAAAUGUAUGUGAGUACACGUGUGUAUGCUGUGGUCUCUCCGAUGUCCUUUUUUAUCUCCAGAAUGUAAUAUAAACAGAGGACUUUUUAAUCUUUUUUUUUUUCUUUUUUAUAUAUAUAUGUAUAUAUAUAUAUAUAUAUAUAUCUCAAGAGUUUUUCCUAAGAGGGUCAGUACAUUCCUGUUGAACUUAAAAGUCUUUUCAUUAUACAUGUGUAACAUUCACACACACACACACACACACACAAAAAAAGUUUUGUUUGUAUAUAUAUGUAUGUUUGGCCAAUUUUGUUAGUUAUGUGAUUGGGAUCCUUGUAUAUAGAUUUUUUCCUUGGACUUGGAGAAUGAAUGGGUAUUUCUAUGGAGGAAUAUGUUUUACGUUUAAAUCCAUACUUUUAUUGCUUCUUUUUGAUAUUAUGCAAGUAUUUGUGUUUUGGUAUUACCUUGUUCCCCUGGGAUGUUACUUUAAAUGAAGUGUGCAUAUUGGUUACCUUUCCUUUUACUUUACUUUCCAAGCUAAUAGUUUAGUGUACUAUAAAUGUAUUUGGUAAGGCAGAGUGUACAACAUUGCAGAGGUGUUACAAGCAGUCACUCAUGAUAAUGGAAGCUUUCCAAAACAUGACUAUUGUGUUACAGUAUAUGCUUGUUAGGCUUACUGUUAAAAUCCAAAGCACGCUGAAAAGUGCACUCAAAAAUCAGUGUGAUCUAUGGUACAAUAUAGCUUCAGUGCACUCAUUUGACUUAUAAAUGUUAAUGUCAGAUUGUAAUUUAAGUAAAUUAUGCUUCUAGUAAGAACAAUCAUUGUCUGCCUCUAACAGUAAGCGUGAUCUGAAUAUUUGCAGCCUUUAUUUAUUUACAAAAUCGAAGUUAUAGGGAAGCCCUUGAUUAUUGCUGUACAACUUUUUGUCUUGUGUUGUUUUAAGGCUUAUUGCAUCACUGGAAUCUUUUUUGUUUUCUUGCUCAGAUAUUUGUAUGUUGCAAAGUGCCUUCCCAGUACUGAUUGUGAACAGUGAUGGGUAGGAAAAAUUCUGUCAUUAAAAGGAUUUAUCUUAAAAUAACCAUAAAUGAACCGAGUUGCAUUGACACUUUUGUAUAAAGACAUGCAUAUAGAAAAGUGUACAUUUGUACAUGUAUGUUUGGUAUUCUACCCUGUUGAUCUCUGAAAAAAAACAUUGUUUCUCUGCAAUUUGUUACAACGUUCAUUAAUUUUUGGACAUUUGGAUAUAAGCAUACUUUUCUAUUAAUGUUUGUUUUUGUACACUGUUUUUGUGUCUCUGUCUAUUUGGUACAGAGAUGGGUUUAAAAUAAAAUUGUAUCUGAGAAUUUGCUUUCUUGUGAUAAAUCCUUGUACAAAAUAUUUUUGCAUAUUACUUUAAGU